AUGGGUAGUACUGGAAAUAGCAGAAAAUAUAAUAAGGCGCAAUCAAAAAAGGUUGAGAAUGUUAAAAAGAAACGAGCACUUGAGACAAAAUCGAAUGAAAAUCCAAGAAAGAGAUCAUGUAAACAGGUUCCAAUGGUGAAAAUUUCCUCCUUUGAUACUUAUCAGGAAAAGUAUUUUUCCAGCGAAUACAAUGGGCAAGAAUUGGAUCCAGAACUGUUUCUCGAAGAGACAGACAGGGAAUAUGAUUUUGAUAAUAGUGAGCAUCCCUCUAACUACAAUGAAUGGAUUCUAAAGUCUGGUCUAGCAGUGAUCAACCUUCUAAAAGUGGCGGCCGGCAUUACGGGUCAUUUAAUGAGACCGGAAGUAUGGGGCAUCGUUCGUUGCGGAUUAAAUGUCGCGAAACCAAAUGGUGUAAUGAAGAGGAAUACGCUGAAAUACAGAAGACAGUCAAAAGAUGCAGCAUUAUCAACCCUCCAGAGGCAGGAAUUGAACAUAAUCAAAUUAAAGGAGUUGAUGCAAAACGAUAACGAUUUGAAAGAAAUAAAACAGUUGAGUCUAAUACCAGCACCCCCAGAUGCGAUGACAUCAUUCUUUGUUAAGAUUUUAUCUCAGUUGUAA